UUUGCACAUGCACCGUACGCCGUCUAUAUUGUUCCGACCACCGCAGACGCAGGCGCGUGUGAAUCUUUCAAACAGCUUCGUUCCUCUUACUUCUAACUGUCGCAAUGGCGGCUGCGGAUCCCGGGGAGUUGAAGUUAAACUUUACUCUGAAAGAACUCCGUCUGUCCGGCCGAACCGAACCGGCCGCGCCAGGCGGCUCGUCCGCCGUGGAGCUGCGGGACAAGAAGCUGGUGUGCGUGGAGUACCCUGCGGUGGUGACCAGCGUGGACAGGAUGCUGGAGACUCUGGGAGGAGAGCAGACCGUGAGCAAGACCUACAGCGACCCAAACAGGCGCCUGGAGCUGCACUUCCGACCCCAGGACCCGUUCUGCCACAGUCUGUGUGGAAACCGGCUCUCGUCACGAAACCUCCUUCUCAGGGUGCGGCGGCGGGUGCGAAAGAAAGAUCCUCAGGAUGCUCAGAUCCAGAUGGAUGUUGUGGGAAUAAUAGGAACAACAUAUAAGUUCCAGGGCAUGGCUGACUUUCAGUGCCUCGCUGUGGACUCCCAGGAUGGAAAGACCACGUCUCUUUACGACAAAAUCAUCCUCCGUAAAGCCGAGAAUCAGGCCUUCUUUGAGCAGGACGUGCCUUACUUCCUCCCCCCGGCUAUUUUCUCACGUCUCGACAAUCCUGUGGACUAUUUCUACCGGACCGACGUCAUACAGAAGCUGACAGCGGCCAUCCCUUCGCCCGGCAGCAAGAACUUUAUCGGUUUGAACCGAGCCCGGCGGCCUCACAACGCCAUUUUCGUCAGCUUCACCGACCCCACCGUGCCGGACAAGUGCCUGGAGGCGGCCCGGGCGAACUGGGAUCGGCUGUGCCUGACGAAGCAGGACCAGGACGCCGAGGAGAAGGUGAAAAAGAUGUUUGAGAGCCGUCCCAUCUGGUCCGGGAACGCCGUCAAGGCCAACCUGAACAUUCACCGUGAAAAGCUGAAGCUGCUGCUGCCCGUCUACGCCUAUUACAUGGUGACGGGACCCUGGAGGAGCCUGUGGGUCCGGUUCGGCUACGACCCGAGAAAGAGUUCAGAGUCCAAGAAAUACCAGAUGCUGGAUUUUAGGAUCCGGGGGAGCUCCAUGCAAGGCUAUACUCUACCCAACAUACCGGUGAAAGCCAAGAGGAGCACCCUCAGCUGCAGCCGGCCAACCACACUUAACAAAACAGCUCCUCCCCCUGCUAGUCUGAUGGAUAUUCCUGCACCAGAAGGCCAGAGUCGCGACUCUGCUCCCGUCUCGUACCAGCUGAAGGAGUCCGCUUACAUCUUCAGAGAAGGGCUGCUGCCUCCUCACAGACAAAUGUUUUACCAGCUGUGCGACCUGGACGUGGACAGCAUCAAAGAGGUGAUCGACCAGAACAACGGCGAGGAGCAGACGUGUGACGAGCGCGACGGCUGGUGUGUCGUCGGCACCACGGACAAGCUGAGGGACAUCAUCUCCACCACCAUUAAGAAGACGGUCAGGGAGCAGAACCCAGAAAUGUUCCCCCAAAGACGACGGAAAGGAGAUCUGAAUUGGACGGUGACGGAUGUAGACCCAAAGGUGGAGCAGGAGGAAGAGGAGGAGGAAGACGAUGAGGCGGGGGAGUGCGAGAACAAAGAGGAUGAAGAGGAAAAUGAGGAAGAUGAGUUUCAGCCAUCUGAGGGGAGCGAAAAUGAGAUGGAGACAGAGAUCCUGGACUAUAUGUAACAAAAUGAUCAGUCCAUUUUUUUUUUUUUUUGUUGAAUGUGAAUAAAGAAAUUAAAUUCUUAAAGGCUU